AUGGGCCACGUCUUGCGCAAUGUUACCUUUGCGGCCGUCGAUGUCGCGGGAAUGUACGCUGAGAACAAACCGCUGAUGCAACUCGUGCUCGACGAUGUGUUCAGCCUGUUUGCUGUGAAUCCUGGGUUGCAUAAUCCCAAGCCUUUGCAUGCGUUUGCACCGAGCAAGAUUGAAGAGGCAAUGCGCGCAUUGCAGGGCGGUAAGAUCGCUGGCAAAGCAGUUAUUGAUUUUGAGACGCCGGGUGACGAGGUAUUGUACCAGCCUGUGCGAACGCCUUCGUACGGGUUUGAGGCGCAGGCUACUUAUGUUAUCAGCGGUGGAUUGGGCGGAUUGGGACGCGAGAUUAUGCGCUGGAUGGCCUCCCGUGGCGCUCGACAUUUCCUUGUCACCUCAUCCCGAGGCGUAGCCGGGCGCGUCGACGUGAUCGCCUUCAUCAAAGAGAUGGAAGCCCAAGGAGUCGUGAUCCACGCCCCAGCGUCGGAUAUCUCCAACCGCACCAUUCUCGAGACCAUUCUAGAGGAGGCUAGUAAGACACUGCCGCCCAUAAGAGGCUGUAUUCAAGCGGCGAUGGUAUUGUCGGACAACAUGCUUUCCAACAUGACCGUCGAGCAGUUCCACCGCGCCCUAGCCCCCAAGUACCAAGGGUCCUGGAACCUCCACGAGCUCCUAGCGAAGGACAUGGACUUCAUGGUGUUUCUUUCCUCCAUGAGUGGUAUCAUCGGCAACCCCGCGCAAGCCAACUAUGCAGCUGGCAACACCUUUGAAGACGCGCUCGCGCGGCACCGCGCCGCCAGCGGGCUCAAGGGCGUCUCGUUCGAUCUAGGCCUAGUUCUGGAGGCCGGGUGGGCGAGCGAUAACUUUGAAGACGUGACGAAGAGUUUGCGCGCUGGGUUGGGUGGGUUGACGCAGAAGCAGCUGAUGGCGAUUUUGGACGUGUUGUGCGAUCCGGCCUAUGACUGCGCAGGCGGAGCGGCGCAGGUGGUGAAUAUCCAUGAUAAGCCUGCGAAGCUGUAUCGGAUGUUCCAAGAUGGUGUGCUGCACUGGGUGGGAAAACCGCUAUUCAAGAACCUCCUGCGUUUGGGCCAGGUCGAGCUCGUCAACGGCAGUGGAGGUGGCAGCGGCGGUGAGACAGCAGCGGUCGAUUACCUGGCACUGAUCAGAGCAGCGGGUGAUGCUGAAGAGGCUGCGCAUAUUGUCACUAUGGCGUUGCUUGGAAAAUUAGGCAAGUCACUGUCGGUGCCGGCGAAGAGUCUCGAUGUCGGCAAGCCGGCGUAUGUGCUUGGUGUUGACUCACUCAUUGCGGUCGAGCUUCGGUACUGGUUCCUCAAGCAGUUCGGAGUUGAGGUUCCCGUGUUCGUUAUCUUGAAGAAGCAGCCGACUGUCGAGUUGUGCCGGUAUGUGGCGGACCAGGUUAUUGCGGCGCAGUGA